AUGGAUAUAUUGGACUUUGCGAAAAAAUUAAGUGCUGGCAAACAUCAUUCCGCACGUAAUGAUGAUGUAUUUAUUGAUCGACUUAAUCAUAGAUAUACGGUAACAAUGAUUAUAGUAUUUGCAGCUAUUGUUACAACUCAGCAAUAUUUUGGUUCACCUAUAUCAUGUUGGGUGCCUGCUCAAUUUACGGGUGGUUAUGAAAAAUAUGCUAAUGAUAUAUGUUGGAUAAUGAAUACAUACUAUGUUCCUAUGGAGCAUGAUAUACCACACGUUGAAACAACUCGAUAUGAACGUAUGCUUAAAUAUUAUCAAUGGUCACCAUUUAUUCUUCUAUUUAUGGCACUUUGUUUUUAUUUUCCACGCAUGCUUUGGAGAGCAUUAAAUAAUAAAUCAGGUUUAGAUAUAGAAAAAUUAGUUGAGGCAGCUAUGAAACAAGAACAACAAGAUAAUCCAAGGGAAGAACGACAGAAAACAGUCAGCUAUAUCGCUGAUUCGAUACGUUUGUAUAUUGAUAAUCGUUAUACGUCUUCAAAGCUAUGUGAUCCUAAUCGUUCGCAACGUUUUCCUCGAAAACUUUUGUAUCCUCUGACAUUCUGGCGUCAUCGUCAUUUAAUACAAAUAUUUCUCUUAAAUGCUUUUUUGGGUAACGAAUACCAUUUAUUUGGUUUUGAAGUCAUUGAUAAAUUUGUUCGUGGUCUUGAUUGGGGUGAAUCAAAACGAUUUCCACGUGUUACAUUAUGUGAUUUUCAUAUACGUGAAGUUGGUAUUGUACAUCGUUAUACAGUUCAAUGUGUUUUACCAAUUAAUUUAUUUAACGAAAAAAUCUUCCUUAUACUUUGGUUUUGGAUUUUAAUCUUAGCCGCAUUCAAUAUCGGCGAUUUUAUAUCUUGGCUUUUACGUGUUAUACGUGUUGAUAGUCGUUUUGCUUACAUACGACGAAAAUUAGCUAUGCGUAGUGCCUAUAAAACUAUCAAUGAUGAUGAAUCCACUAGUCUACAAUUAUCAAAAGUCGAUGAAAAAGCGCUGAAUAAAGAAUUUGUUCGUGAUUAUUUACAAGAAGAUGGAUGUUUUGCACUUCGACUUUUAGCACGUAAUGGACAAGAUAUUAUUGUAGGUGAAGUAAUUGAUAAUUUAUAUGAUUAUUAUUGUAAAAAUCAUAAGUCUCGUGAAACAAAUCUUGACCGUUCAAAAGUUGAUUUUAAUGGAUUCUCGCAUAUGCCUCAACAUACUACACAAUAUCCAUCUACCAACCGUCAAAAAUCAACAAAUGAAAUGUCAAAUAAUGAUAUGAACGGUGACGUUUAA